UGUUUCCAUGGUGAACCCACCUGUUCAAUCAGUUUUAAGUCUGUCUGGGCCAAUGCCUACUGUUCCUACUGGUCCAACAUUGUCCCAGUCAGAUCCCACUGACCAGCCUCACAUCUUCACACCAUCUCCACCUGUGGAACCAUCUCUUGGGGAUCAGCCAGGACCAGCAGCUGAGGAUCUUAAUGUUAGCAAUGUACAGCAGUAUGGUGAAAUGCAGUAUCCAGAGUUUCCAGUUAAUGCUGUGAAUGAGAUGGCAGUGCCACCACCCGUACCUAUGCAAUCACCAUAUGAAAGCAGUGCAUCGACACAGCUUACAGUAGAGAGUGGUAUUUCAUAUCCACCUCCAAUGCUUGAACAACAUCAAGAAGCCAAUGCUGAAGGUGGUAUGUGGGGAUGGUUCAAAGGCAGUUCUAUUGUGCAAAAAGUGGCCGAGAAAACCAAGAGCUCAGUUGAAUCUAUGAUUACUGCUUUAGACCCUGGUAUGGCACCAAUAAUUAAAUCCGGAGGUGACGUGGACAUUGUGGUAACAUCAGAUAAAGAGGUCAAGGUAUCUGCAGUUAGAGAUGCGUUUCAAAAAGUUUUCGGUCAUGCAACAGUAACCGGGCAACCAUCUCAACCGAACAUAGCACCACAAGUUGAAGGCUAUGCAGCCGGACUAAAAGGAGCGGAAGAAAGAAUAGAAAAUCUUCGGCGGAAUUCACAGAUGCAUGAAAAACAACCAGCUGUCUCUGUUGAAAAUUUUAUCGCCGAACUUCUUCCUGAUAAAUGGUUUGAUAUCGGUUGUUUAGUACUGGAUGAUCCUUGUAACGGUAUCAAGUUAGAGACAUUCACACAGGCAACACCUGUACCUAUAGAAUACGUGUUACAAGCGCAGGAGAGAACCCCAUCUGAUUACAGCUUAAGAUGGUCAGGACUUUCAAUAACUGUCGGUGAAAUAAUUGAACAGCACUUUCCAUAUAUAUCCCAUACGGAUUGGCAUUUCGCCUUCACUGGGGUCAGUCGUAGGGACAUGAUAUACCAAGCAGCUCUUGUGUUGGCUGGAAUUUACAAACAGAGGAUACAACCACGAAUAUAAACUUUAUUAUACAUUAUUUAUAGAGGAAUUACCAGUUUUAUUGGCUAUUGCGUUAUUUAACCUCGUUUUUUUUUUAUUAACUAUAAUAUGGCCAGUAAAUUCAUCUCCUGACUUAGCUGCCUGCUCGUUCAGCUAAUUUAUGUAAAAUGUUUUUUCACAAACAGGUCAUUUUCACAUAUUAUUAUUUUAUGGUGAGUGUAUGUCAUAAGUUUUGUUACUCUUUUCUGAGUACUGAAUAUUGAGUCACUUAGGUGGUCACAUUAUUGAUUUAUUCAAUGGGUAAUUGAAGAAUUCAAGAAAUACAAGUCAUUUAAAGACUGCACUGAGACGACCCUCUGUGUUAUGUUUACAUGUAUGUUUAAUCCUACCCCAUCCCACAAGCUGCCUGAUAAAUGACGAUGAUAUUUCUAAGUAUCACGUAACAUAUUUUACUAUAAUGUAAAUCCCAAUAAAUAAAUUUUGCAUGUUACCGUUACCGGUAUCGUAGUUUAAAGGUUAAAGGAGCACUUCAGUUAAGCCUAAUCUCAUAACAAAUUUACUUUCUGGAUUAAAAUUACAAUGGAUAACAAAAGAUAGAUUAACUUUUAAACAACAUAAACAAUAGUGUCCCAUGAUUCUUUGGUACAAUCCCUGGGUUUGGAAGGUUCUCCUUUAAUAAGGUAGCACUGCAUAGUACUUUAGUUAGUAUCUAGAAUAUUGGUCAAUUGUAGUCAUGAACAUUGGUCUUAUGGCUGGUUGUGAUGACAAACUAGAAAGCCCGUUUUCUGUGGUUUGAGAUACAAGUUGAGAAUUGUACAGUUUGUCGUGUAUUCACAAUUAUUAACCAUACUAUUUGCAAGGUUACAUCUAAAACAAGAAUUGGAAUUCUACUUCAAAGCUAAUUUGUGUAGUAUACUUGACAUCCUCAAUAAACAUACAAAUAUGCAGUCAGGGGGAUUUUCACAUUAAUAUGUUAUUCAUUCAGAAUACCAUUGCUUGUCACUAUUAGAAUCCACAAUUCAUCCACAAAGUUCAAUUUAGACACCACCACUUGUAGAUGCAUAUAAUUACUGUGAAACUACAGCAUGUAGAUUUUUUUAUACAUCUUAAAUUAAAUUUCAAUUUAAAAUUGAGA